AUGCUGAGGUGGCAGGACUGGACCCUAGACACAGACGUACUGGAAAGGACGGCAAUCCUCAGUAUCUACGCCAUGCUGAGACAACUGCAACUGCGCAAAAGCGGCCAUCUGGUGUGCAUGGAAAACGAGAGGUUACCCCAAAUCAACGUGAAUGGAGCUCAAAUUCAAGUCGUGGAUUAUUUCACCUACCCGGGUAGCGCCCUCUCUCGCAGCACCAGAAUCAACGAUGAAGUGGCCCGCGGAUUUCCAAAGCCGGUGAAGUCUUCGGUCGUCUGCGAAACGCUCUUCAGGAUCGACACGGUCUCCACAUCAGCACCAAACUGA